GGGGCCCUCACGUGACCUGGAGCUGCAGAGCGACGCAGCCUUCGGUGCAGUCGUCACUCCCGUCUGAGUACCGGCUCCCCGCGGUCCUGCGCCGGGCGGGCUGGCAUCAGGCCCGAGGAAAGCGGAGCAGGUUUGCGGGUGUAGGUGUCAAGUGUCGUGGUGGUGCACUCACGGCGAGAAUCGGGAGGAGGAGACAGCAAGGAUAGGCCCAGGAAAACGAAGAAAUGGAGCAGCCCAUGCAGAAUGGAGAGGAAGACCGCCCUUUGGGAGGGGGAGAAGGCCACCAACCUGCAGGAAAUAAUAGACGGGGACAGGCUCGCCGACUUGCUCCAAAUUUCCGAUGGGCCAUACCCAAUAGGCAGGUCAAUGAUGGGAUGGGUGGAGAUGGAGAUGAUAUGGAAAUGUUCAUGGAGGAGAUGAGAGAAAUCAGGAGAAAACUUAGGGAGCUGCCGUUGAGGAAUUGUCUGCGUAUCCUGAUGGGGGAGCUCUCUAACCACCAUGACCAUCAUGACGAAUUUUGCCUUAUGCCUUGACUCCUGCCAUUUUCCAUGAGAUUAAUACUGUGAUUCAACACUGUUUUCUUUUUCCUUGCAUUUUCCUCAUAUACCUUUACUGAUUCGUUUGCUGUGAACCUUAUGUAAUUUCCAUGUGUCAGGUGGGUUCUGUGUUACCAGAUUCCAAUUGAAGAUUGCCUUGGCACCCAGUCUAAGUUUCUGUCAACAGUAGAGUCACCCAGUUGCAUGAAAAAGUGUAAAGUUAAUAAAGCAAUU